CUCACCAGGCACUUUUGUUUCCGGAUCCCAGGGCCGGCAAUGCUCAACAGCCACGCCAUGCAAUCCAAUGGAGAAAUGAAUGGGGCACACUCCUCGCAGUCAAUGGUUUCCAGCUCACACUGCACUCCCCCCCCACCCUAUAACCCGGACCCCAGCCUUGUCAGUUUUUUAACAGGACUGGGGUGCUCAAACUGCAUUGACUAUUUCACUUCACAAGGCUUACAGACUCUUUAUCACCUGCAGAAUUUAACCCUAGAGGAUCUCGGAGCCCUGAAGAUCCCAGAACAAUACCGGAUGAUCAUCUGGAGGGGCCUCCAAGAUUUUAAGCAAGGUCACGAUUAUGGAAGCCAGCAGCUUAUCCGUUCCAGCAGCAACGCCGCCACCAUUUCCAUCGGGACCUCCGGAGAGCUGCAACGGCAGCGCGUCAUGGAGGCCGUUCACUUCCGAGUCCGCCACACCAUCACCAUCCCAAACCGCAGCGGAUCCGAUGAAUGGGCAGACUUUGGCUUCGACCUCCCAGAUUGCAAAUCCCGUAAACAGUCCAUCAAAGAGGAAUUUCUGGAGGGAGAAAUCAACUGA